ACUGCCAAGUAUACUUGAAACCACAACAUCAGCCUGGGACAGACAGACUGGUGUUUGCGACUUCCUGGAUUUCAUACUAUCAAGUUAUUGUUUCCAAAAGGUAAUAUUUUAUUUGGCUAAUAGGGUAAUUUAUGUUUGACUCGUUUGCUGUCAACAUAAUCUUGAAUUAAGCUGGCAGUGCACUUCCAUUUACCCAAAAUGUCAAUCAUCUUAACUCAAGGUCCACUUACAAGCUUUCAAACACAUCUCAUGGUCUUCAUCAGUGGAUCAAGUUUGCUCAGACAUUUGUCUCCUUCUGUUACCUAAUCUAUGUAGAAAUCUUGCCUAUUACAGUAACUGCAUUGCUUUUGAAAGUAUUGCAUCAGUGAGAUGUAAUUUUGCUUGUAAGGAUGUGCACAUGAUGCUAUCCAAAAAUAAAGCUGAUUUUGUAAAAAAUGUCAGCACAGCAUUACUGGAGAAAGAUCUAUUCAUCAUUUAUUGAAAAUAGACAGAAACCCUUGGAGUGGUGACCAGGAAGUUACAGGAGUCUGUCAGCAGAACCAGAAUAGGUGCCCUUUUAGAAAGUUUGGCCUCAGUUCUCACAGUAUGUGCACGUCUCUGCAACAAGCUACCUACCUUUCAAAUCCUAUAAAUAGAAAAACUACUUUCAUUCUCAGGCUGAAACCUGUUUGACAGCACUUUGAAUCCUAGUGUGCUGUGUGAACCGAGAGCUGCAUUCUUAAAUGCUCUCUUGUAAUUUCUGUGAACUUUAUUGCAAAACUCUCCUCUGACCCAUGAAGCUCCAUCGUUUCCCACAAUACUAAAUGAUAAAAAUUUUGCCAAAAAGUCCGUGCUGUCAGCCAGAAUAUUUAUGUUUACCUCAGCAGUCAACUUGCCUGACUGGCAUGUGCAGCAGAGGAGUCAUUACACAUAAAUCUGGACAUUCCUCACUUCCUUGUACUGACUAUAUCCUCUUCUAACUCGACGUAUAUAAGUCUGCUGCAGCUUCUUUCAUAUAUCAACAUUCUCUAACAGGCGCAUACCUUUUUAAAUAGCUGAUUUAAGCCUUGAUUGGUCACUAGUAUUAAAUAAUUGAGGUGAAAACAUGUCCAACACAGGAUUUUCAACAUAUGUGUAUUUGUUUGUUGCCUGCUGCUUCUGUUGCAGCAAAGCUAUGCCGACUAACUUCAACCAGGAGGCUGUGAAUGACAGACCUGUGAUCGGUAUUUUGACUCAGAUGGUUUCAGAUGAAGUCAUGAAACCAUUCGGGAGGACCUACAUACCUGCCUCCUAUGUGAAGUACAUUGAGUCUGGGGGCAGCAGAGUGAUGCCUAUCAGAUUGACUCUUACUACUGCUGAAUAUGAAAACAUCUUCAAGAAGAUAAAUGGCUUGAUUUUCAUCGGAGGAGCCGCAGAUUUGGAGACAUCAGACAUUGCCAGGGUGGCGAAGAUUUUUUACAGACUCGCUCUGACGGCCAAUGAUGCGGGGGACUUCUUCCCCAUCUGGGGUACAUGCAUGGGCAUGCAGCUACUGACUGUACUGGUGGCCGGUGAAAAUCUGCUGACAAACACCACAGCCGAGAACAUAGCGUUGCCCCUCAACCUGACCGCAGAGGCCAGCUCCAGUAGGAUGUUUGAGGGUUUCCCCAGUGAGCUUAUGAAGGCUUUGAUCCAAGAACCUCUGACUGGCAAUUUUCACCACUAUGGACUUACAGUAAAGACCUUCCAGGAAAAUGAGAAGCUGCAGAAUUUCUUCUCCCUGCUGUCUACAAACAUUGCUGAGAACGGAGCCCACUUUGUCUCAACCUUAGAAGGUAAAAGAUAUCCCUUCUAUGGAGUACAGUGGCAUCCAGAGGUGAAUCGUUUUCAGUGGGAUAGAAAGCUGAACUUUCCUCAUUCCCUUCAUGCUGUUCAGUUAUCUUCUCUGCUGGCUGAGUUUUUUGUGAAAGAAGGAAGGAGAAGUUUACAUCAGUUUGACAAUCCUGAGGAAGAGGCCUCGUCACUGAUUUACAACUACACGCCUGUCUACGCUGGAAACUUCACAGGAUAUGAACAGCUGUAUUUUUUUUGAGUGUCUCUGUCUGUGUGUUACUCUGUGUGUGUACAACACACACAACACUCUAUAUACAGUCUAUGGUGCAACACAACACUUUAUAUCAGAAGUGCACUCACAAAAUCUGCUUGAUUUUAAUCAUAGCUCUGCCUCUGAACAAAAUGGUUGAUUUCAACCACUUCUGUGCUGAUUCAGAGAUACUUUUCAUCAGGAGAGGUUUCUGCACCAACACUUGUUGUUUUACCAACUUUAAAAUACUUGUAUAUGCUGUUAUUGCUAUUAAAAUGCUUAUUUGCAUAAAUAUA